UGUCACAUUUAUGUUAUGAAGAAGAAACUCAGUAAAAUUAUGCAUAUGUACAAACACAUGCUGAAUGAUGUGGGGCACCAGUUUGACAUCACAUGUACAGAGACUAUAGUCUUUGUCGCAGGAGUUGUUGGCCUUACUCUCAACCACAACCACUUACUGCAUGUCGUCACCAGUUUUCACUACUACCCACAUUUUGUGUCUCUUUCUUCAGCAGUUUGAUCAUUAUGAGGAAAAAUGCCUGAAAAAUAACUUAAGAAAAAUAAAAGUCUUCUGGUUCAUGGAUGCAGUAAUUAGUUGUUUCUUUCUGCCAUUUAAGGGCAAAAACUGUUUCCGACUAGACCAGCUUUUUUUCCUCAAUUCAGUGGAAGAUAUGACACGUUUUGUGUGGUCAAAGCCACUGCAAGUUGUUUGUUUGGUGUGAAAAGGAAGGAAGAACAGUAGAAGGAGAAGUCUCAGAGAUUCUGUUUUCACGUUUUAAUGUAGAGUGAAAUGUCUCUCUCCUCUCUUUCUGCGGCGUUAUUAUAAAUGCAAAGCGGACGUUUGUUUGAAAAGCAAAGCAGCAGAGUGUCACCGUGAAGAUGGGACAAAGCUUUCCUCAUGUGCUGGGGUUUUUCUUGCUGAAUACACUGCUCCGUGGAUUGGCUCAAGGUCCCACUGCCCACGUAACCCUUAAAUACAACUGGUCUCAUAUAUUCUGGGGUGAGACAGUCACUUUCAGAUGUGAGAUCAAGGGAAGCAGAGACAUUGAUUGGACGUAUGACUGGAUCACACCCAUCUCAGGUCCACCUACAACACAAAAUGAAUACAGUAUUAGCCGUGUUACUGAAUAUCACAACGGAGAAUACAGGUGUUUGGGCACAAAGAAACACCCUCAGAGACUUACCGACACACAAUGGAGUGAUCCCUACAGAUUGACAGUGACACCAUACGGACCAAGUGUUGAACUGAGUGCUGCCAGUAGAAUCAUUCAACCAGGGGGUGUAGUGACUCUGACCUGCAAUGUGAUCCCUCCAUCAUCUGGGUGGGAGUUCUUCUGGUACAGAGGAGAGAGAACAGCUGAAUUGAAGAUCACACAAGAUGCCAGGCUCACUGUCUCACAAGGAGGACUCUACUGGUGCAGAGGAGCAAGAGGAGACCCACGUUACUUCACUCAGUACAGUAGUCAAUUCACUAUCAACAGAAUCUUAACAAACAGAGCUGUUGUGACUCGUCAACCACAUUGGUCUGAGAUAUACAGCGGAGAGAGGAUCACCCUCAGAUGUGAAAUCCAGGAUGGAGAAGUCACUGAGUGGAUGUAUGAGUGGGAAACAACCGGCUCAAAUACAUUUCCUACACACAGUGAAGAUGCUGCUUCAUUCAGUGGUGUUGUUUCCAGUGGUGGGGAAUACAAGUGUAAGGGAAGACACAAAACUGAUCCCUAUUCCUCAACUGAAUGGAGCUCUCCAAUCACACUGACUGUAUCAGCACACAAACCAAAGGCUGAACUGAGGGCUGAUAAUAGAGACAUUCCAGCAGGGGGCAGUGUGUCCCUGACCUGCUCUGUGAACCCAUCAACUGGUUGGAAAUAUCGCUAUUGGUACAAAGAGGAUAAACUUGCUCAGUCCAAGGCCCUUGAAGACAGUGGUGCUACCUCGGCUGGACAAAUACAUGUCUCAGAGGAGGGAGUCUACCUGUGCAGAGGAGAGAGAGGAGACCCAGCUUACUACACAGAGGACAGUGAAAUGAUUAUCAUCAACAAGAAGAAUGAGGAAAAGGCUGUCGUUACUCUGCACCCCAACUGGUCUGAAAUAUACUCUGGAGAGACGAUCACUUUUAGAUGUGAAAUUGAAGAUGUAGAUGACAAUGAGUGGAAGUAUGAGUGGGAAACAACCAGCUCUAGGUCAUCUAAAAAGCAAGAGGAAUUCAGUAUACGUUUUGCUAACACAUCCCACAGUGGAGACUACAAGUGUAGGGGCAGAAAACAAAGUGACAAGUCUUCAACAUUGUGGAGCACUCCCAUCACACUGACAGUGUUAUUCAAUAAACCAAAGCCUCUCCUGACUGUGUCUCCAUCAUGGCUGAGUCCUGGAGACUUAGUAACUCUGAACUGUGAAGUUAAACACCCAUCUGCAGGAUGGAGGUUCUUCUGGUAUAAAGUUGUUCCCAAACUACCAGGUGACUCCUACAGCUGUGUUCUGCUGUCUGAAAGCAGCAAUGGGACUGAACAGUAUUCCUUCAUUGUUGAAGGACAGACACACACAGCAGGAUAUGUGUGCAGAGCUGGGAGAGGAGAACCAGUGUUUUACACUGAUUACAGUGAACCAAAGUUUGUCUGGUCUGCAGAUCUUCAGUCAUCAGCAUCUCUCAGAGUGAGUCCCAACAGAGUGCAACACUUCACCUCUGAUUCUGUCUCUCUGAGCUGUGAGAGAAACUCUACUCAGUGGAGAGUGAUGAGGUUUCUGAAGGGAGGUACCGUUGCAGAAUGCUCUGCGAGAUGGAUAAAGGCUGAGUCCUCAUGCACAAUCCCUGGUAAAAGAUGGAGUAACGACCCGUUCUGGUGUGAGUCUGAAUCAGGAGAGUUCAGCAAUGCAGUCAACGUCACCAAAAAGAAUUUUGAUAUUAUCCUGCAGAGCCCUGUACAUCCUGUGACUGAAGGAAGUUCAGUUAGUUUAAGCUGCAAGUUGAGAAACAAUGUUACAGUGCCCCCUGUGUUUUUCUAUCACAAUGACAAACUCAUUCAGAAUGAUUCCAGAAUGGAGCUGAAUAUCUCUGCAGUGUCAAAGUCAGACGAAGGCUUCUAUAGGUGUCAGUGCUCAGGAGAAGAGUCAGAACAGAGUUGGAUGACAGUUAGAGAUGUGCAGGCAGUGUCCAGGUCAUGGAGUUCAUUUCCUAUAAUUCUCCUAAUUGUUGGGCUGAUUUGUGGUGUCAUAAUUCUUCUUCUUCUAUUGUAUUGCAACAAACAGUUUAAAGAUUCACGUUUCUGCAGGGUAGACCAGUCUGUGAGUACAAACCAGGACUUUUCCACAAGUCAUGUAGUCGACCAAAGUGACGCUCAACAUGAACAAUACAGUACUCUCCUCCAUGGUGAUGCUUCCGUCUACCACUCAAUCAAAGGCCCAGCGGACUAUGAAAAUGUCCACUCUGGGAGCACUAACCAAGGCUGUUCCACAAGUCGUGUUGUUGUCCACAGUGACGCUCAAAAUGAUCAAUACAGUACCCUCCUUCAUGGUGAUGCUUCUGUCUAUGAAACAAUCAAAGGUUCUGGGAACUAAACAAAUGCUCUGUGAAGAGGCUGAGAUGACAACAGAAACAAUAUCAACAGAACUUUUUUAUGAGUAUAUCCAACUCUGCUUUUUAUACCAGAAAUGUUCAGGGCUUUGUACAGUUGAUGUGUUUGCAAUUAAUUUGGUUAAUUUAUUACGUUAAUUUUUUUAAUUUAAUUUUAAAUUACCAUGGGAUUAUUAUGAUUAUU